AUGCUAGCGAGUAAGUUUACUACAUACUUCACUCACUCUCGAUUUCGAUUACAAUUUGCAGUGGGUGGAUUCGUUGGUGGAGAGUCUCGCGCUUCUGUGGAAUAUUUGGCAUUUAAAGAGGAAAAUCCUAAAUGGCAGAUUGCUCCUUCCAUCCUGAGCAAACAAAGAGGUGGAGCCGGUGUCGCUGUUCUCAACGGUUUGCUCUACGCUGCUGGCGGCCGUUGUUGGAAGACCUAUUUGAGCUGCAUUGAG